GGCGAAAUACUUGCAUCAUUUUUGAAAUCUCAAUUGCCAUGGCCGACGAAGACUACCAUUUCGAGUCCACCGAUGCCGGUGCCUCCUUGACGUACCCGUCCGAAGCCGGUCAGGUCAAGAAGGGCGGCUUCAUCAUGAUCAAGGGCCACCCGUGCAAGGUCGUCUCGGUCUCGACCUCGAAGACGGGCAAGCACGGCCACGCCAAGUGCAACUUCACGGCCCUCGACAUCUUCACCAACAAGAAGUACGAAGAUAUCGUGCCGUCGACGCACAACUGCUCGGUCCCGUUCGUCUCGCGCGCCGAGUACACGCUCCUCGACAUCUCGGACGAGGACUACGUCUCGCUCAUGGACGACUCUGGUGAGACCCGCGAAGACAUCAAGCUCCCCAACAUCCCGGAGGGCUUUGGUGACGAGAUCCGCGCCGACUUCGAGGCCGGCAAGCAGCUCUCGAUCUCGGUGCUCCGCGCGUGCGGCAUUGAGCAGAUCAUUGCCAAGAAGGAAGACACGACGUCGUAAGCGUGUCGUCUCUGCCAUGCUUAGAGAUUUCUGCGAGUAAAUCCCUUGAUCCAAGGAACAUAUUUUAAAAAAGGCUCAACAGUGAUCGACGGGUUUACAGCAAGACGAUCGCCACACCCGUUGGCACCAAG